GACGUCAAUAAAACUAAAUACAUCUACAAUAGUUUUCCGAGAAAAACCAGCCCAUAAACGCGUCGCUUUCAGUGAGGGUGUGUGAUUGGUCGAGCAGCGAGAUCUGUUUAUUCUAUGAAGUCUAUGGUUACUUGCUUCAGAAACGAAACAACUUCGACAGACAUUAUUGACUGAAAAGCAAAACACAAGUUUGAGAUCGCCAUGAACAAGUUUGAUCAGAAGCCAGAACCCGGAGACCUCAUUGAAAUCUUUCGAGGCAUUUAUCAGCACUGGGCUAUUUAUGUCGGAGAUGGUUAUGUGAUUCACCUGGUUCCACCCUCUGAACAUGCUCAUGCCGGGGCCAACAGUAUGAUGUCUGUGCUACACGAAAGGGCCAAAGUGAAGAAGGAAAACCUUUAUGAAGUAGUUGGCGAUCAUGAUUACCGUAUCAACAACUUUCUGGAUGACAAAUAUGAGCCACGUCCGAUUCAUGAUAUUCUGCAGGAUGCUUACAGUCUUUUAGGACAAGAACGGUCGUAUAGUGUGUUCAGUGGGAACUGUGAGCACUUUGUUACCGAGCUGAGAUAUGGAAAGGCUCACUCUCGACAGGUGCGAAAAGCAGUGGAGAUUGGUGUUGCUGCAGGAAUUAGCUUGGGAGUCCUUGCUUUUGCAGUUGUAAAGAUUUUUGGUUCAAACAACAAAGAGAAGCAAACACAAUGAACAUUGGAAAAAUGAAGAAGCUAUUGUUGA